AUGGGACUUGUCGAGUCGUCAGAAACUGGAGAAAAAGAGCUUCGGGGUACGGUGGCGCCGCCGAGUACGAUUCUUCUUCCUUUCCUAGAAUCUCUUACAUUGAAACCACCAAUUAUGUAUGGCGCCGGUCAGCCAUACGAUGACGCAGAUCAACGUUUCAAAACAUUGUUGGGCGAUAUGGAGGACGUCCCAGCCGACAAAAUCCGAGAAGCGCUACUAGAUGUUUUUGACGAUGGUCAUCUUCUGCGAAUCUUGGAUCAUUUGAAAGAGUGGAACAUUUUAAACGAGAAACACAAUACUACUGACGUAUGUGGUAUCUUCAUGACAGCUCUCAUCCAUUAUCUACCAAUUUAUUCUGACACGAGACUCGAACUUUCCAUCGAGAAGUUUAACGAGAAAACAGAAAAGGUCUACGAAGAACGGCUGGAAAUUGACAAAAAGGCGGCUGACGCGGAAAUCGAGGAAUUGACAAAGAAGUUAUCGCGAGAAGAGAAUAGAGCUCAAACUGCAAACAGUAAUUAUAAAAAACUGCUCGCAAAAAUCGAAAAUCAGAAAAACGCUCACAAGCAAGUUAUGCAACAAAAAGAUGAGGAAAUCGCAAGACUUCGAAAAGAGAACACUUCGUUAUUUGAGGACUUGGUACGUGCUAGAACUGGAAAUUCGAAGCAAGAAGAGGUGACGGAGAGCAAGAAAUUGUUGAAGGAGGACUUGAAAUCAGCAAAAUACAAAAAUCAACAAUUGGAGACAACCAUUGCUGACAUGAAAAAGACGCUCGAUUGGGAACAGUUGGAGAGAAAAGGAAUGCAGAAGCAGAUUGUGGAUGAGAGGGAGAGAUCAACGAAACUGGAAAUCGAACUCAAUGAAUCUCGUCUGGAGUGUGCCGCCUAUCUGCAAAUGCGUGAAAAAGAUAAAAUGUCGAAAUCGCUUCUGAGAGAUGAGGAAACCAGAACUCAACAGCUCAUCGACUACAUCGGUAUCAUGUGGAAUUAUCAAGUGAGACGAGAGAACAACAAGUUGUUUAAUUUCACUCGGAUGAUUUGCAUGCUCUCGGAUUCGCAAAAAAAUCAGGAAAUCGAAAAGACUCGAAAGAAGUUGACGGAAAUCAGACAUAUGAUGAAACCGUGUCAAAUCGAACAAGCAUUGGAAGAUAUUCGAAACAGUAAGAAGGCGAAAAAGGUGUUUGAGGAGACGUUGGAAGGAUUGUUGAACCAUAUUGUGAAGAAUCCAAAUCAAGGGGUCUCCCAAGAAGUACCAACGCAUGCUACGUAUCUGCCGAUUAUUAGAGAGGAGUUGCAGCAUUUGUUUGAGGAGCAACCGAAGAGAAUUUGA